UCCAUCAUUCUUUCUACCAUUCCUGAAUAAUUCAUCCCCACAAAAUAACCUGCAACCAUGAAGCAGCUAGCAUUUAUUUCUUUUAUUUUCCUCUUCAGUUGUGCUAUAUCCAGAGAUCUGAAAAGAUCUGCUAGAGAUGCAGAACACAAGAGUGAGAUUGUUCACCGUUACAACGAUUUAAAGGAAGAGGAUUUUACAGAAGCUACCCUGAUCACUUUUGCUCAGUAUCUGUACAAGUGCCCUUAUGAAGAGGUAGCUAAACGGGUGAAGACUGUUGUGGAUCUUGCACAGAAGUGUGUUGCCAGUGAGGAGGACCCAGAGUGUUUGAAACCAGUGCCUAUUAUCAUCCUGGAUGAGAUCUGCAAAAUAGAUGAGCUUGCUGAAGCAUACGGUGCAAUGGCCAACUGUUGUAAUAAAACAGAUCCUGAAAGAAAUGAGUGUUUCCUGUCCUUUAGACAUUCUGCUUCAGAGCACCUUCCUCUAUACCAAAGACCAGAGGCUGAAGUUAUGUGCAAGAAAUUCCAAGAUGACAAAAAAUCAUUUAUGGCACAUCACAUGUAUGAGGUUGCAAGACGGCAUCGUUUUCUUUAUGGCCCCACACUCCUUGCUCUGGGUUUGGAAGUUGAGCAUACAAUUGAACACUGUUGCAAAGAGACCAACAGUAGUGUUUGCUUGGAUGAAAAGCUCCCUUUGAUAAAAAAAAAAGUCCUCAUGGUGAGCAAGAAGAACACCUACUUUUGUGAAAUCCUGAAGAAAUUUGGAGAAAGAACUUUCAAGGGAAAUAUUUUUGCUACAUUUGGCCAGAAAUUUCCUAAGGCGCCAUUUUCAGAAAUUCAGAAAAUUGCAAGCGAUGUCCUGCAUGUUCACAUGGAGUGCUGUGCUGGUGAUAUGAUAGAAUGUACAGAUGACAGGCUAGAAGUUACGAACUAUAUCUGUUCUAAACAAGACAUCUUCUCCAGUAAAAUAAAAGAUUGUUGUGAGAAAUCAGUGGUGGAACGAAGUGAGUGUAUUGUUAGGGCAGAGUUUGAUGAUACACCUGAAGGCUUGCCCUCACUAGCUGAUAAGUACAUGAACAACAAGGAGUUGUGCAAACCCUUUACGGAACAUCCAGAGGUCUUCAUGGAAGAAUUUCUUUAUGACUAUUCAAGAAGGCACCGCGAGUUCUCUUCUCUCAUGCUUUUGCGGAUUACUGAUGGAUUCCAAUCCAUCCUGGAAGAGUGCUGCAAAAAAGAGAAUGCUGCUGAAUGUUACAGUCACGCAGAAGAGAAACUCAAGAGUUAUAUCCAGGAGACUCAAGACCUAGUAAAGAAAAACUGUGAUUUCCUGGCCAGCUCGGGAGAAGCUGAAUUCCUAAAAUUACUUGUCAUCCGCUACACUCGGAAAAUGCCUCAGGCAUCAACUGAAACAUUGAUUGAAGUCUCAAAGGAAAUGGCAGAUAUUGGCAGCAAAUGCUGCCAGGAACCUGAAGUUAAACACAUAUCUUGUAUAGAAAGACGGCUGGGCAUGGUGAUUCAGGAUAUGUGUCAGAGGCAGGAAGCUACACCUGUAAAUGAAAAAGUUGCACACUGCUGUAAUGACGCCUAUGAAAACAGAAGACCAUGUUUUACCAAGUUGGGAGCGGAUGAAAGCUACAAUUCCACUAAAUUUGAGCCUGCAAUGUUCACCUUCCAUGAAGAUUUAUGCACUGCCCCUGUUGAAACGCAGAGAAUGAAAAAGCUAACAAUGCUGGUCAAUCUCAUUAAACUGAAGACCACUGCAGCAGAUGAACAACUACAGAAAGUCAUCACAGAUUUUACUGACAUGGUACAAAAGUGCUGCAAAGAAGUACCACAUGAGACAUGCUUUGCCACAGAGGGUGCAAAACUGAUAGACGAAGUGAAAACCAUGUUAGAAAUUGUGGGAGUCUAAAGCAUUUCAGGGUCACCAAUGGAGAAAGAUGAAAUUAGUCUGUGAAAGUUCUCUUGUACUUUGCUUCUCUGACCAGACACUGACAUAUGGUUUAGAAUGCUGUUUUAAAAAACACUCAACAUUUAUGAACCACAGAUACUUCAGAAACUUCAGUUGUUAAGAAUAAAAAAAGCAUUUGGAAAAAAAC